UUUUACUUUGUCUAAGCGCCUUGAAGAACCCAGAGCAGGAUAUGCCUUUGCCGCCAUCUCCUUCCACAUCUCGGGAUGUAGACGGCCGCACUUGCACGUCGUCCACGAUUGCUCGUGGAGCAACGGAACGUGUAGAUGUGUCGCCUUUGCAGGGUUCCGCAGAAGACCAAAUCGCUCUUCGGUUUGGUCUUGUAACACCGAUGGAUGGGACUAUUUCCGCCUCGUCGACUAUCUUAAUAAAGAGCCCCGCCGGUUGGAGUACCUUAAGGUGGCAGGAACCAGUUGGCUCGAACACAUUGGAGCUGAGGUAUUGGAACUCCCAAGACAUUGCAGAUGUGGAACCGCAGGAGCAGUGGAGGUAUUAUUUGGAGCAUUUCAAGGUCCAAGUGCAUGCGACGACUGCACCCGAAGUGUUGGAGGCCAUCCGAACACUUCGCAAGUAUACGCAACGGAAACUACUCCACGUGAAACCAGAAGAUGUGAGAAAGCACACCAUACAGAGGAGUCACUCUUUCUCAUCCUCUCCCAGAACCCGGUCUCGCCGCUGACGAACAUUACUCGAACUCCAAUGUGGUUAGAACGUGCGGACUUGCGAUUCAUACGCCUAGAUGACAAGCGCCUGCAACGUGCCAUUCAAGUUUUGAAUGAACAAUUGUGUAACUGGACCACUUUGGACUAUAUAUCUCUGUAUCAAAAGACUAACCCUCUGUUUGACGCACCACAUGGCAACAUUAGCCAAUAUUAUAUGGAUGUGCCGUCUUCGUUUGCAGCCAUUGUAGAGCUGUUGGAAUAUCAAUUGGGACCCGAAGUUCCAGACUUUGUAACCAACUUGUAUAACCUACUCGAAAGGCGCGUACCCAAGAAGAAUUGCAUGGAGAUUGUAUCCCCUCCAAGUGCUGGAAAAAACUUUUUCUUUGAUGCCGUUGUCAGUUUUUAUAUAAACAGGGGCACUAUACACAACUUUAACAAGUAUUCUAGUUUUCCAUUGCAAGAUGCCGUGGGCAAGCGCAUUUUGAUAUGGAACGAACCAAAUUGCGAAUCGAGCGCAUUUGAAACAAUAAAGAAAAUUUUUGGGGGUGAUGUAGACAGUGUAGCGGUAAAGUAUUCGAGCGACAUGACUGUAACACGCACUCCCGUGAUUGUUUUGAGUAACCACGAGACUUUUCCGCGCAUUCCAGCGUUUAACCACAGGAUGUUUAGGUACAGGUGGAAAACUUGUCCAGAAUUGCUAAAGUAUGACAAGAAGGUUAAUCCACUUGCGUUGAUUAAUUUAUUUGAUGCCUACCUCGACGAUCACGAGUAUACUGCCACGCGCCGUGUUCAAUAA